AUGGAGCAGUCAGUGCUUGUACCACCAGGACCAGACAGCUUCCAAUACUUCACUAGAGAGUCUCUUGCAGCUAUUGAACAACGCAUUGCUGCAGAAAAAGCUAAGAAUCCUAAACCAGAUCGUAAAGACGAUGAUGAAAAUGGGCCAAAACCAAACAGUGAUUUGGAGGCAGGAAAAACACUCCCCUUCAUAUAUGGUGACAUACCUCCAGGAAUGGUGUCUGAGCCCUUGGAAGACAUGGACCCAUAUUACAUCAAUAAAAAAACCUUUAUAGUAUUGAAUAAAGGGAAGGCUAUCUUCCGAUUCAGUGCCACCUCUGCUCUGUACAUUUUAACACCCUUCAACCCUCUUAGAAAAAUAGCUAUUAAAAUUUUGGUACAUUCAUUAUUCAGCAUGCUUAUCAUGUGCACUAUCUUGACCAACUGUGUAUUUAUGACCAUGAGUAACCCUCCAGACUGGACAAAGAAUGUAGAGUAUACGUUCACUGGCAUUUACACAUUUGAGUCACUAAUAAAAAUCAUUGCAAGGGGCUUUUGCUUAGAAGAUUUUACUUUUCUUCGAGAUCCAUGGAACUGGCUUGAUUUCACUGUCAUUACCUUUGCAUAUGUGACAGAGUUUGUGGACCUGGGCAAUGUCUCAGCGUUGAGAACAUUCAGAGUUCUCCGAGCUUUGAAAACAAUAUCAGUCAUUCCAGGCCUGAAGACUAUAGUGGGAGCCCUGAUUCAGUCUGUGAAGAAGCUCUCAGAUGUGAUGAUCCUGACUGUGUUUUGUCUGAGUGUAUUUGCACUGAUAGGGCUGCAGCUGUUCAUGGGCAACCUGAGGAAUAAAUGCCUGCAGUGGCCUCCAGAAAAUUUUACUUUGGAAACAAAUAUUACCUCCCAGCUAAACAGCACCAUAGGUGAAAAUGGUACAUUGGUUAAUUCAACAGUGGCUGUGUUUGACUGGAAGGGGUACAUUGAAGAUGAAAGUCAUUUUUAUUUUCUGGAAGGGCAAAAUGAUGCUCUGCUUUGUGGAAAUAGCUCUGAUGCUGGGCAGUGCCCAGAAGGAUAUACUUGUGUGAAAGCUGGUAGAAACCCCAACUAUGGCUACACAAGUUUUGACACCUUCAGCUGGGCUUUCUUGUCACUGUUUCGACUGAUGACUCAGGACUUCUGGGAAAACCUCUAUCAAUUGACUCUUCGUGCUGCUGGGAAGACAUACAUGAUAUUUUUUGUUCUGGUGAUUUUUCUGGGCUCUUUCUAUCUGAUAAACCUGAUCCUGGCUGUGGUUGCCAUGGCCUAUGAAGAACAGAAUCAAGCAACCCUGGAAGAAGCAGAGCAGAAAGAGGCAGAAUUUCAGCAAAUGCUGGAACAACUGAAGAAGCAACAAGAAGCAGCACAGGCAGCAGCAGUGGCAGCAGCAGCAGUAACAGCAUCUGCAGAGUCCAGGGAGCCCAGUGCUGGAGGAGAAGCAGGAGGGCUCUCAGAAAGUUCCUCAGAUGCAUCAAAAUUGAGCUCAAAGAGUGCAAAAGAGAGGAGAAAUAGAAGGAAAAAAAGGAAACAGAAAGAGCAGUCUGGAGGAGAGGAAAAAGACGAAGAUGAAUUUCACAAGUCUGAAUCAGAAGACAGCAUCAGAAGGAAAGGUUUCCGAUUGUCUAUUGAGGGCAAUAGACUGACAUAUGAAAAGAAGUAUUCUUCUCCACAUCAGUCUCUGCUGAGCAUUCGUGGCUCCCUGUUUUCCCCAAGGCGCAACAGCAGAACAAGUCUUUUCAGCUUCAGAGGUCGAGCAAAAGAUGUGGGAUCAGAAAAUGACUUUGCUGAUGAUGAGCACAGCACUUUUGAAGACAAUGACAGCAGAAGAGAUUCUCUGUUUGUGCCACGCAGACACGGUGAACGGCGCAACAGUAACAUUAGCCAGGCCAGUAGGUCAUCCAGGAUGCUGGCAGUGUUUCCAGUGAAUGGGAAGAUGCACAGCACUGUGGAUUGCAAUGGGGUGGUUUCCCUGGUUGGUGGACCAUCUGUUCCUACAUCGCCUGUUGGACAGCUUCUGCCAGAGGUGAUAAUAGAUAAACCAGCUACUGAUGACAAUGGCACCACAACAGAACCAGAAAUGAGGAAGAGAAUGUCAGGUUCUUUUCACGUUUCCAUGGACUUCCUGGAAGAUCCAGCUUUAAGGGAAAGAGCCAUGAGUAUUGCUAGCAUCCUCACAAACACUGUGGAAGAACUUGAAGAAUCGAGACAGAAAUGUCCACCAUGUUGGUAUAAAUUUGCAAAUAUUUUCUUGAUCUGGGACUGCAGUCCACAUUGGUUAAAAGUUAAGCAUAUUGUCAACUUAGUGGUAAUGGACCCGUUUGUUGACCUGGCUAUUACAAUUUGCAUUGUUUUAAAUACACUCUUCAUGGCUAUGGAACAUUAUCCGAUGACCGACGAAUUCAAUAACGUACUUUCAGUUGGAAAUCUGGUCUUCACUGGAAUCUUCACAGCAGAAAUGUUUCUCAAGAUAAUUGCAAUGGAUCCUUACUAUUAUUUCCAGGAAGGCUGGAAUAUUUUUGAUGGUUUUAUUGUAACACUUAGCUUGGUUGAACUUGGCCUUGCAGAUGUGGAAGGACUAUCAGUUCUUCGAUCAUUCAGAUUGUUGCGAGUUUUCAAAUUGGCAAAAUCUUGGCCAACCCUAAAUAUGCUGAUUAAGAUUAUUGGCAACUCAGUGGGGGCUCUGGGGAAUCUGACCCUGGUGCUGGCCAUCAUUGUGUUCAUUUUCGCUGUGGUUGGGAUGCAGCUGUUUGGGAAAAACUACAAGGAAUGUGUCUGCAAAAUUGCAAGUGACUGUGUGCUUCCUCGAUGGCACAUGCAAGAUUUUUUCCACUCUUUCCUGAUUGUGUUCCGAGUGCUGUGUGGAGAAUGGAUAGAAACCAUGUGGGACUGCAUGGAGGUUGCAGGCCAAGCCAUGUGCCUUACAGUCUUCAUGAUGGUCAUGGUGAUUGGAAACCUAGUGGUACUGAAUCUAUUUUUGGCUUUGCUCUUGAGCUCAUUUAGUGCAGACAACCUUGCCGUGACAGAUGAUGAUAAUGAAAUGAACAAUCUCCAGAUUGCUGUGGCAAGAAUGCAGAAAGGCAUAGAUUAUGUGAAAAGAAAAGCACGUGAAUUCAUCCAAAAAGCUUUUGUUAAAAAACAGAAAGCUCUAGAUGAAAUCAAGCCGCUUGAUGAUUUAAACAACAAAAAUAGCUGUAUUUCUAACCAUACAACUGUGGAACUAAGCAAGGACCAUGACUAUAUUAAAGAUGCAAAUGGAACCACCAGUGGUAUAGGCACAGGCAGCAGUGUGGAAAAAUAUAUAAUUGAUGAGAGUGAUUACAUGUCAUUCAUAAACAACCCAAGCCUCACUGUGACAGUGCCCAUUGCUGUGGGUGAAUCCGACUUUGAAAAUCUCAACACAGAAGAAUUUAGUAGUGAAUCAGACCUGGAAGAAAGCAAAGAGAAGUUAAAUUCAUCUAGUUCAUCUGAAGGCAGCACAGUUGAUAUUGGACUUCCUGCAGAAGAACAACCAGAAGCUGAACCUGAAGAAGCCCAGGAGCCAGAGGCCUGCUUCACAGAAGGCUGUGUAAGAAGGUUCAAGUGCUGUCAAGUAAGUAUAGAAGAAGGGAGAGGAAAGCAGUGGUGGAACCUUAGAAAAACCUGCUUCAGGAUUGUUGAACACAACUGGUUUGAGACUUUCAUUGUCUUUAUGAUUCUCCUCAGUAGUGGAGCUCUGGCUUUUGAAGAUAUAUAUAUUGAACAACGUAAAACUAUCAAGACCAUGCUGGAAUAUGCUGACAAAGUCUUCACUUACAUCUUCAUUCUGGAAAUGCUGCUGAAGUGGGUGGCCUAUGGCUACCAAACAUAUUUUACUAAUGCCUGGUGCUGGCUGGACUUCCUGAUUGUUGAUGUCUCUUUGGUUAGCUUAACAGCAAAUGCAUUGGGUUACUCAGAACUUGGUGCCAUUAAAUCCCUUAGGACACUAAGAGCUUUGAGACCUCUAAGAGCCUUGUCACGAUUUGAAGGCAUGAGGGUGGUUGUGAAUGCCCUUUUAGGAGCAAUUCCAUCCAUCAUGAACGUGCUUCUCGUUUGUCUUAUAUUCUGGCUAAUUUUCAGCAUCAUGGGAGUAAAUCUGUUUGCUGGGAAGUUCUACUACUGUGUAAACACCACAACUGAUGAAAGGUUUGAAGUCGACCAGAUCAACAAUUUUAGUCAGUGCGAGGAACUCAUAAAAAACAAUCAAAGUGCCCGAUGGAAAAACGUGAAAGUAAACUUUGAUAAUGUAGGAUUUGGGUAUCUUUCUUUACUUCAAGUAGCUACAUUUAAAGGCUGGAUGGAUAUUAUGUAUGCAGCUAUUGACUCAAGAGAUGUGUUACAGCAACCCAAGUAUGAAGACAACUUGUAUAUGUACUUGUAUUUUGUCAUCUUCAUAAUUUUUGGGUCCUUUUUCACCCUGAAUUUGUUCAUUGGUGUCAUUAUUGACAACUUCAAUCAGCAAAAAAAGAAGUUUGGAGGUCAAGACAUAUUUAUGACAGAAGAGCAGAAGAAAUACUACAAUGCAAUGAAAAAGCUGGGAUCCAAAAAACCACAAAAACCUAUACCAAGACCAGGGAAUAAAUUCCAAGGCAUGGUCUUUGAUUUCGUGACACAGCAAGUAUUUGACAUCAGCAUUAUGAUUCUUAUUUGUCUUAACAUGGUUACCAUGAUGGUAGAAACAGAUGACCAGAGCAAAGAAAUGGAAAAUAUUUUAUACUGGAUAAACCUCGUGUUCAUUGUCCUUUUCACUGGAGAAUGUGUCCUGAAAUUGAUUUCACUUCGCCAUUACUACUUCACUAUAGGCUGGAAUAUUUUUGAUUUUGUGGUUGUGAUUCUCUCUAUAGUAGGUAUGUUUUUGGCUGAGAUGAUUGAGAAGUACUUUGUAUCUCCCACACUCUUCAGAGUCAUCCGGCUCGCCAGAAUCGGUCGAAUCCUGCGCCUCAUUAAAGGCGCUAAGGGAAUCCGCACUCUGCUUUUUGCUUUGAUGAUGUCUCUUCCUGCUUUGUUCAACAUUGGGCUGCUGCUCUUCCUGGUCAUGUUCAUCUACGCGAUAUUUGGCAUGUCCAACUUUGCCUAUGUCAAGAGGGAAGCUGGAAUUGAUGACAUGUUCAACUUUGAAACGUUUGGCAACAGCAUGAUCUGCCUGUUUCAGAUCACCACGUCCGCUGGCUGGGACGGUUUGCUCGCCCCAAUUCUGAACAGUGGGGAGCCAGACUGUGACCCUAACAAGGCUCAUCCGGGGAGCUCUGUGAAAGGUGACUGUGGCAACCCUUCUGUUGGGAUUUUCUUCUUUGUCAGCUACAUUAUCAUAUCCUUUCUGGUAGUGGUGAACAUGUACAUUGCUGUGAUUUUGGAGAACUUCGGUGUUGCUACUGAAGAAAGCGCUGAACCCUUGAGUGAGGAUGACUUUGAGAUGUUCUAUGAAGUCUGGGAGAAGUUUGAUCCUGAUGCAACACAAUUCAUGGAAUUUGAGAAAUUGUCUGAUUUUGCAGCAGCACUUGAGCCUCCUCUUCAUCUACCCAAACCUAACAAAGUACAGCUUAUUGCAAUGGAUCUGCCCAUGGUGAGCGGUGACAGAAUUCACUGCCUUGACAUCUUGUUUGCUUUCACAAAGCGUGUCUUGGGGGAAAGCGGGGAGAUGGACGCCCUCAGAAUACAGAUGGAAGAUCGGUUUAUGGCAUCCAAUCCCUCUAAAGCUUCCUAUGAACCAAUAACGACCACAUUGAAAAGAAAACAGGAGGAAGUGUCUGCUGUCAUCAUUCAGCGUGCUUACAGACGUCACCUUUUAAAACGAACAGUAAAGCAAGCUUCCUUUAUCUAUAACAAAAAUAAAACUGAAGGUGGGGCUGGUCAGGGUAUGAAAGAUGAAAUCCUUAUUGACAAAUUAAAUGAAAACUCAUUUACAGAGAAAACAGACAUAACCGCAUCAACAGCAGUUUGUCCACCUUCUUACGAUCGUGUAAUAAGACCAGUCAAAGAAAAGCAUGAAAAGGAAGAUAAAGAUGGCCAGAAAUAA